GGAGGUAAACGUAGCUGUGCACCUGUCUCGGUUGUCAUCACCUACCUGAACGUUCAGCCUCUUCCGGGAAGGCGGGGCUGUGAGAUGGUUCCCUUCAAACCAUUUCUCUCAAAUCCUCCAUAGCGCUGCGAUCCUCCUCCUGCACUCCGGCUCCAGCGACACAACGCGCGCUCUUGGAUUUUUUUUUCUUCUUCUUUAUUUUAUCUUUAAUGCCGUUCCCCCUCCAACCUGCUUUUAUUUCUUCGUAGAAUUUAAAAGUGAAGGGGUUUGCUUCGAGCGGCGGGGCAUGCUCGACGAGUGACACCAGUGCGCAGAGCCACCGGGAGAGAGAGGAGAGAGGCUACCGCGGUUCAUUACAGCCCGGGACACCAGACGGUACUACUGCACGACAGAGGACGCUACUUUGGAUUACUUUAGCGCGCAGUUUAUGGCCAGAACACGCCUCAGUUAAUACUGCCACAGUUUAACCCAUGCUUCUGUGCAUGUCGCUUUUAUUGACUGGAUAAUAAAUCCUUCACAUUUGCGCUGAGCGGAGGCGCGCAUACACUUCUGCGCUUUGUGCAGAUCGCAGCUACGGGAAAGCAGUAACCUGUAGCAGAAUAACAUUUUAUUUUUACUGUUUAUUUCAUUUAGAAAUAAUCAUUCCAACGUAUUUAUCACUGAAGAGGAGACUUGAGUUUUUCUUUUAUUUUUUUAUUUGAAUUUUUGAAACUCGGAGAAACCUGCGAAGCUCGGAUCAAGAUCAGGAUGCAACGCAGCUGAAAGCACGAGUUCGGGACUUUGGUGUUGAAAUCAUAUCAAAUCCACCUCCCCGGUACAGGACGGAGGCUGAAUGAGGAUGACUCUCGGCGGUGCGAUGCUGAUCCUGCUCCCCGUGUGCUGUCUGCUCUCCUCUGGCUCACUGGCAGCGAGCCUGGGCGGACUGGAAGACGUCGUCCUGGAAAGAGACACGUUCAAGGGCGUGGGGAACUUCAGCACCUUCCUGCUGGAUAGCUCGUCGGGCAUGCUCUUCCUGGGCGCCAGGGACGCGAUAGUGGCCGUGGACACCAACAAACCGAAGGCGUCUCCACGCGUGAUUGUUUGGGACGUACCAAAGGAGAAGAGGGAUUCUUGUGUGGCAAAGGGAAAAACAGAGGUUGACUGCAAUAACUACAUCCGCCUGCUGGAGUUCCUGGGAGACGGACGAAUCUACGUGUGUGGGACCUACGCCUUUGACCCCCAGUGUGCCUUCUUGGAGGUGUCCUCCUACACCCUGGAGAAAGCCGAGGACGGAGGGGUGAAGAUGGAGACGGGGAAGGGCAAGUGUCCCUUUGAACCCAGUCAACAUUACACAGCUGUUAUGGCAGGCGGCACCCUGUACACAGCAGCCACCAGUAACUUCCUGGGAACGCUCUUCGACAUCUCCAGGGCGACGGGCCCCGAGCAGGAGCGCAUCCGGACCGAGCGAUCCAUCAACUGGCUCAGCGACCCAGAGUUUGUCAGCUCAGCCUUCAUAGAGCAGUCCGCCGACAGCAACCCCACAGGAGACGAUGACAAAAUCUACUUCUUCUUCACUGAGGUGGCCAAAGAGUACGACCUGUACACCAAAGUCAAAGUGCCCAGGGUGGCACGGGUCUGCAAGUCUGAUGUGGGAGGGAUGAAGACUCUGCAGCGACGCUGGACCACUUUUCUCAAGGCCCAGCUAGUGUGUGAGGACAAACCCAGCGGUCAGCGCUACAACAUCCUAACCGACGUCUUCACCGCGCAACACACUCCAGGCGACCCCGGCAGCACUCACUUCUACGGACUCUUCACCUCCCAGUGGGAGCGUGAGGAGUUGUCAGCUGUGUGUGUCUUCAGUCUCUCUGACAUCAGCAAAGUGAUGGACGGUCCCUUCAAAGAGCUGAAGAAAACAUGCGACAACUGGAUCAAUCCUGAACCUGUUCCCACACCGAGGCCUGGCCAGUGUCUGAACAACGCGCUAAAGGCUGAAGGGUUCGAGUCGUCCCUGAAGCUUCCCGACAAAGUGCUCACCUUCGUGAGGGACCACCCCCUGAUGGAGAACAGCGUCACUGCUGCGCCGCUGCUCGUCCGGAAGGGCAUCAGAUACACCAAGCUGGCCGUCAGCCUGACGGGCAGCGGAGAGGAGCGGAGGGGGGCGGUGCUGCACCUCGGAACGGAUCGCGGAGAGCUCCACCGUGUGGCAGUGGUGGAUAAGAACGCCACCCUACUGCAGGAGAUUCCUCUGUUCACGUCUCUGGAGCCCGUCAACAAUAUAUUACUGCACCAGGGCCGGGCCCUGGUGGGCAGCCCCCUGUCUCUGGCUCGUGUCCGGGCUGAAGGCUGCGCUCUGUACAGCGGCUGCGAGGUGUGCGCCCGAGCCAGAGGACUGGGCUGUGUGUGGAAAGAGGAGGCCUGCAGACUCAGUACGGAACAGCCUGGUCCAGGUGACGUGGUGGACAAUGCCUUGAGAAAGUGUCAUCAAGAAGAAGGACGUUGCAAGCCGCCCAUCAGGGAGCUGCGCGUCUCCAAUGGCCUGCGCCUCUUGUUGCCGUGCGUCCAGCUGUCCCCCAGGCCCUGCACCUGGGAGCACCCCCCGCACCGACACACCAAGCAGCACAACUCUGACUUAGAGGUGACCGUCACAGACGACAGCCUGGGAACGUACGUCUGCACUUGCCAGGAGGCAGGGCCAGGCAUCACGGACCCCACUCCCUGCCGCCGAGCGGCCUAUCAGCUGACGCUGGAAGACCCCAGCGCCGGAGGAGCGGUCGCGAAAGCGGGGAGUCGCCACGUACUGGCCUUCUACAUCUUAUUCUUUUUCAUAGGCGCUCUGCUCGGUGGCAUCGCCCUGCACUGCGUGAACCGCCGCCGUGACAUCGCCCACCAGGGGCACCACCUGCCGGACAAUUCGCUGUCGUCGGAGAAGGGGCGGGAACUGCUGGGCUCCUCGGCCACCCCGCAGUCCCCCAGCAGCGCCAGCCUCCUGUCCGAGGGGUUCCGCCUGGCGGAGAAGCGAAACGGGACGGCGACCACGACCACGACCGCCACGACGCUCCUCAGCCACCAGGGCAACGGGGGUCACCACGGCAACAGUUACAGCGGCGGCCUGAUGAACAGCAACUCCAGCAACGGACACGGGAACUCCAUCUACGCCAACUGCAACGCGGGCGGCGGCCUCACGUUCGCCUCCGAAAUUCUAGCCGCGGACAUGCUGGACGGGAGGACGGGGGAGCGGGAGAGGGUGAGGCAGGAGGGAGGAGAGAGGGAGCUGGGGGACAGGGAUGAAGUCGACGGACUCGGGGACGGCUUUGGGGAAGGGAUUAAACGGCUAGAGGAGGAGAUCGCCAGCUUCCCCAUGUUCAAGUCGGCAGCACCGCUGGCGCAGUGCGAAGAGAGUUCAAUAUGACGGAAACGUGCUGCAUCCUUUCACAUCGUCCAAAUGAACUGACUCCUGCUGGGAUGAACGCAAAGCGGCUGCUGCCAAACGCCUUCGAAUGGGAGCUGUGGCACGACGAGAGACUACAGAGAUUUAUGAGAAAUAUAUAAUAAGUUAAUGUCUAAGUAUUUGAGAGAGACCUGUAAUAUAUGGCAGCGAAGUAAACCUGGUCGGGAUCGACUGUCACUCAGGACGAGAGCCACAGCCGAGUAAACCGAUGUACAUAGAAGAUGUAAAUACAAGCGGUGUGAAGUCGACUGCGAGCGUGAACGUUAUUUCAAAUGUUAACAAUACGAAAAGAAAUAAUCAAAGAUGAAAUAUCUACGUGCGUAGAUGUUGAAAAGCCAUAAUGUCCUCCUUUCCUUUCGUCGUUGUCGUCGCCUGCUCUCUCGUUUCCCUGAUGGCACUGCAAAGGGGAAAAAAGUGCACUUUUCUCUCAGCACCUCUGUCUGUCUCUCACCAUUUGAAUUUCUCAAUCUCUUGACACGCCACUCAAAUCUCAAACCUUGAUGGGUCCAAAUGUGACUGCUGAGCCAUAGACUGUCCAGUCAGACUGAACCGGUACUGGGCUUCAAACACAGAGGUGUCACCUUCAGAGACUGAAGACACGUAAAUCCACUGCAGAGCCCGCGGACGGCCUGCGGUGACUGUGACGGGGCUGUCCCUGUCUGCGGUGCUGCAGAGGUUGAGAGUCUGAUAUGUGUGGAAAACUGAAGAUGUGCAGCAGGUGCACGUGGACCGUUAAUGAGGCGGAAUUUCUUCUGAAGGACGUGGAGUUCGUUUCACAGCGAUGGACCUUGCCAAGCCGACAUCACCUCAUUUUGUGAGUGUGGAUUGAAGUAUAAUAAUGUAUUGUUUUUGUCAUGUUGUUUUGUAAUAAAAUUAAAAAAUAUUAAAAAAAAUAA